UGAAAAGUUGCCUCCUUCCCUCUUUCACGCUAAUUAAUGCAUUCAGAAGCUGUACUGAAAGGAAUUUAAACUCGUGAUAGUCAUAAGAGAACAGAUCAAAGAUGAAAAAAACAGAACAAGUCAAGUAAAAGUAAGCUGUGCAUGCCUUUCAGUUAACAGACAGAAUACAGGUCUGAAGGAGGUAAGAUUUGUAUUUUUUAUUCUACCUAAAUUUUUCUGUGUUGCUGCAAAAUUAUACUUCAGAAGAGACUUGAUUUUCUCUAAGCGAACUCUACUUUGUUUCCUUGGCUAGAAUUCUCUUCAGUAAAGUAACCGGGUUUUAUACUUCACCUGUGUAAGGUUUGGACAGGACCUAGCUCACAAUAUGCCCAGAGGAAACCACCAUCCAGACAGCAACUUUUUCAGAGGGAAAGGUCACAGCUAUCUUGCAGCAGAAGAAGCUCUGGGUAUUGGACUCUUCAUUUUGGUGCUGGCAGUUUUACUUAUCUUUGGCUGCUGGUAUUACAAAAGACGUAGUGGCUAUAAAAGUCUGCGGAGUAAAAGAUCUAGUAUGGGCACAAUACGAACUGUGGUAGGUGAGGGAACAACACUGGACUGCAAAAUGUCUCCGCAGGGAUAUGGAAACUUUAACUCUGUGGUACCGGAUGCUCCACCAGCUUAUGACAAAAUUGCGGCAGAUCAGUCACCUCCACCUUAUUCACCAUGAUAACAUGAAAUCUUAAACUCUAAACAUAGAUUAAAUUUCUUCAUGCUCCAUCUUA